GCCAGCUUCAGUGCGCCUCGGACCGCGGUUAGGGAGAGACCGGUUAGUCGCGCGAGUGUGAGUGAGAGUGAGAGAGAGAGAGAGAGUGAGAGAGAGAGAGAAGACGUGACCGAGGUCUGUUAGAGCUGGUUGAGGGGGGUGUUUCACGCGCGCCUCGACUUGAACAUAGCCUGUGGGCGUACGAAUUCCUCCUCUUCCUCCUCUUCUUCCUCCUCCUCUUCCUCUUCCUCCUCUUCUUCCUCCUCUUCCUCAGUUGGUGGUGGAACUUAGAAAAAUAAAAUACAAACUCCCCAUAAGAAACUCUCAUCUACCGGAAGCAAAAUAUUACCCUGAGGUAAACAUCACCGGCGGAUUAUAUUGUUAAAAAAAGACCACGAACAUCAAAACGUAAACAAAACCCAGGAAUUUGACAAAGUUCUGAAUAUUUGCUCAAUUUGACGCUGAGAAAAAAAAAAGUCUGAGUUUUGUUUUUAAUAGUUAGUUAAAGACAAUAUAGUAAUACUAAGACUAUCCCCUCUCCCUACACCACCAAGCUCUGGGACUAGUUAACAUAGAUCUAUUAACUAAUAUCUAAGUUAACCAAGAAUAUUAUGGUAAGGAAACAUAUCUCCAGUGACUAUUAAAAACUAUAAUACGCAAAAAAAAAUAAAAAAAUACUGUGUUAAGUGAAGAAUUGUCUGUAUGUCUGUCUGUGAAUAGUUUUUCUUUCAUAACCUGACGAAAACACAUUAAUCUUGGUGUGUGUGUGUGUGUGUGUGUCUGAGAUAACACGAUAACGACUUAGACGUAUUCAAGAAACUCUAUGUCUGUGAGCAUAAACUGAUAAACACGUUGAUGUCGCAAGUUCAUAAACACACACUGAUAUCGUAAGGUAAUAACACACUUCGCAAGCUGAUAAUCACAUCGAUAUCGCUAAGCUGACAACGCACCGAUAUCGCAAAGCUGACUGCACAUCGAUAUCGCAAAGCUGACUGCACAUCGAUAUCGCAAAGCUGACAACGCACCGAUAUUUCAAGCUGUCAACACCAAUAUCACAAAGCUGACAACACCGAUAUCACAAAGCUGACAACACCGAUAUCACAAGCUAACGUUGAUAUAGCAAGCCGAUAACACACCGAUAUCUAGCAAGCCGAUAACACACCGAUAUCGUAACCAGUUCUAUACAUAUCCCCAGCUUGGUAAGAGGAAAGUGAGAGCUAUUUUCCAAGGUCUCUCACCGUCUUCCAGUAACGAUAAAGAGAGAGACAGUGAUGCUAAGAGACUUUGGAUAAAUAUUUGAGAUAGAGAGAUACUAAAUAAAUUAUUGGAGAGAGAUAGAGAAAAAUUUGAAGAAAAUAUAGAGAUUUGAGAGAAACAGAGAGAGACAAAAUAAAUUAUAAGAAAGAGAGAAAGAGAUAGAUAGAGAUAAAGACGGAAAUAAUGGAAAGAUAAUAAGUGAAAAAAUCAAAGAUAUAAUUAUUACGUCAUUAUUAUCAUCAUAACAUAAGGAUUAACAUUACUCAUCGUCAUUAUCAUUGUGGUUGAAUAUGAUGACUAUGAUGAAUAUGAUGCUGUGUGUGGGUUGGUUCCUGCCCGUACUGCUACACCUCGCAGGCUACGUGUGUGGCGUCAGGAUCACCGACUUGGACAUUCCUACCAUAGCCAUUGAAGGAGACGAGGUCCACCUUCGCUGUGACUACGAGGCCGAGGGCGGGUCGAGUCUCUACACCCUCAAGUGGUAUAAGGACAAGCAGGAGUUCUAUCGCCACCAGCCUGGUAUAUCGCCCCACACAGCUGACGAUCGUUGUUCUAAUGAUAAUAUUUAUACCGUUAUGGGAGUUAAUGUUGAUUGUUGGGUGUCGACUGAGAGGGAGGUAGUGCUCAAGACUGUCUCACUCACCACGUCCGGGGAAUACACCUGUGAGGUCAUAGGUGAACACCCUAAAUUCAGAAAGGAAACACGCAACGAACACCUCACCGUUUAUUCUGAGCCUCUACAGUCACCGCUCCUGACGGGGAAGGAGGAGUCAUACACACCAAGGGACAUCGUGGCUCUCGCUGUACCUCUAUGAACACCGAGUAUGUUCCUCACAUGUCUUGGAGCAUCAAUGGUCGUCCUGGCAC